AUUGUGAAAAUCCAUCUGUAGGGAAACCCUAAUUUCGUCAUUCAGUUUCAUUUCAGCCUCGCAUUACCUAUCUCUCUCUAUUUCUCUCUCUAUAUUCAGUCCCCAAUCUCACUUUCUCUCUCUAAAAUUCGCAGAAUUCUUCACAGCGACAACGAUUUCUCGAUCGAUCCGUCCCCUCCUUCUUGCGUUAACAGAUUUUCGAAUUAGAAGCAGCAGCAAUGUCUCCAGCAUCUAGGUCCAAAUCAAAGGACAAAAAAGGUGGCAAGGAACCACCCAAAGCUGCUUCAAAACCUUCAAGUGUAAAUGCAGGUGCUACUACACCGACUAGUGGAUACAAUCCUCUUUUAGGAACAUUCCAUACACUUGAGACAGCUCCUGUGACUUCAAAUGCUGCUCUUCAUGUGAACGGUCGUUUCAGGAAUAUUGACGAGACAGAUGACCACAGUGGGCACUCACUUGGACCUAGCAUUGAGUAUGAUUCUGUUUCCAAUAAUGGUAGCUGGUCUGGUGAGUCAGAGGACCAUAAAGAGAAAAUGGCCAAUCCUCCUCCCCGGGCAGAGACGGUACCUGGCUCUGAUAAUGACAAACGGGAAAAAAUCCGUCAGAAAAAUGAGAAGAAGCAUCAACGUCAAAAGGAGAGACGAGCUCAAGAAUUGCAUGAAAAGUGCAAUGGCUAUCUCAUGUCGAGAAAGCUGGAAGCACUUGCCCAGCAGCUUGUGGCUAUGGGAUUCUCUUCAGAAAGAGCUACCAUGGCUCUUAUCUUAAAUGAAGGCAGAGUAGAAGAAUCAGUUUCAUGGUUAUUUGAAGGUGGUGAAGAAGCAGAUAAACAUAAGGAACAUAAACUUGAUGGUGGGGGUAAUUUGAAAAUUGACAUUUCAGAAGAGCUUGCUCGCAUUACAGACAUGGAAAAUAAGUAUAAGUGCUCCAAGCAGGAGGUUGAAAGAGCCUUAGUUGCCUGCGAGGGUGAUCUUCAGAAGGCUGAGGAGACUUUGAGGUCACAAAAGCAGGAACCUCAUUCUGCGCCAUCCAAGCCUGAAGAAAGUGGUGAUCCUCCUACCGUGGGCUAUGGUAAGCUUCCAAAUACCACCAGCCAGAACUUACUAAGAGCACCUGUAAAAGCUUCACCCAACAUAAUAUUGCCUAAAAGGGAUGAUAGGGACUUCAAUUAUACUAAAGUGGCAGCCACAUCAGGAUCUUCUGUGGAUAAUGGAAGCAAAAGUGUGCAAUCAUUGAAACGGGUUCUGCCAAAAUUGGAGUGGGCCAAGCCACCACAAGUGGCAGUGCCGGCUGACAAAAGGUGGCUAAAUGCAGGAUCAAAUCCUUCUAUUUCCUAUUCUUUGGCAUCUCCUUUGCAGGCAUUACCCCAAUCUUCCAAGUCGGAAGCUCGUUAUGUUGCUGUAGGAAAUGAAUUGAAGAAUCUUCAGCUAGGAACAGUGAGAGAACCAGUUAUAGUUAUGCAACGACCCAAUCAAUCAAUUAAUCCUAAGCAGACUCCCACCUCAACUGUUAGCUCUUCUCCGCCAGGAACUACAGCAGGGUGGUUUCCUAACAAUGCUGUUGAGACAGUGAAACCCAAUGGACUGAUGCCACAUAUUCCUGGCACAAGAAGCCUGAGCCCAAAUGGUGUCAGCACAAACCAGUUGUACAACCAACUUCAGUAUCAACAACACCAGCAGCCUCAACAAUUUGUUUCUAGCAACGGCUCACUUGAUACGCCAGGAACAAGCCGGGGUAAUAGUUUGUGGAGUAGAACAGGUUCUUUGCAGACACAAACCCUUUCUGCAGCUUCCUCACUUGGUCUCUUCUCUGGGUUGGGCACCAAUGGUGUGUCUGGGUCAUCAUCUCCAGUUGAUUGGAACAGUGGUGGUGGCUCAAUGGAGCAGCUAGAUUAUGCUAACAUAGACUGGAGUUUAGAUCGUGGGUCUUCAUUAUCAAGAACAGGUGGCAUGUGGCCAGGAAUGAACCCUUUAAUGCAAAACAAUGCACGUACAUAUGAUUCAUUUAACCCUGGACUCAGUGUUACAUCUGCCAUGAGACCUGCUCUGUCCAAUGGUGGUGGUGUCUUGAUACCUGGGCUGCAAGAAAGAGCUGCAACAGCGGAAACAUCUACUGGUGGUUCUCGUGAGUGGACUUCUCCUUUUGAAGAGAAAGAUCUUUUUAGCUUACCAAGACAAUUCGUUUCUUCUCCCUCCCUGUAGGCUUUAUAGGAGAGGAUUUGAAAUGAAAUAAAGGAGGAAAAAAAAUGGAAGAGACCAGUAAAUGUGCUUGAAUUUGAUGUUGGUUCUUAUAUGAUGCUAUUUCCCUGUU